AUGAAUCCAUCAGGUCUCAGAGCUGAAGUUGUUGAGAGAUGGGGAGUGAAACUAUCACAUGAUCAGGCAUACGUGGCAAAGAGGAAAGCAAUGAAGUUAGUUCAAGGGGCUGUAAUGGAAACCAUGUGUUUGGAAGAAUUUAGUGAAACAAAGGAUUCAUGGAAAUGGUUUUUAGACCUUCUUAUGCAUGAUUUGGAAGGAUACAGUCAGAGGUCCUAUGCAUUUAUAUUAGAUCAGCAAAAGGGACUAGUUCCAGUUGUUCAAGGCAUCAGUGCCAAUGUGGAGUCCAUAUUAUGUGUGAAACAUUUAUAUGGAAAUUGGAAGAAGAAACACCCUGGAUUGGAAUUAAAGGAAGUGUUGUGGGCAGCUGCUAGGGAAACAACAGUUCCAUCCUGGGAAAGGGCAAUAUUGAGGAUGAAGGCAAUGAAAGAGGAUACAUGGGAAGAUAUAAUUCAGUUGGUUAUUGAGAAGAAUAAGAAGCAAGCACAAGGGUGGAGUCCCACAUGGCAUGGUGAUGAUAACCUAUCAAUAUUUGGUGUCACCAAUGGCAUUGAAACUUACUGUGUUGAUCUGAAAAAGGAAGCUUGCUCAUGCAGAAAGUGUGACUUGUCUGGUAUACCUUGUUGUCAUGUAAUUGCAUGCAUAUGGAACAUCAAGAAACAACUUGAGGAUUAUGUUACUGCAUGCUAUAGGAAAUCUACAUUUAUGGACACUUACUCAAACAUUGUGUAUUCAACCAACGAACCACAAUUGUGGCUUGUAGAUGAUCUGAAUAUAAUGGCACCACCAGUGAUGAGGAGAGUCAUGGGCAGGCAAAAAAAACAAAGGAACAAGAUGAAUGAUGAACCUAGAAACCCCCACAUACUACCAAGUAGGUUUUUAACUGUCAAAUGUGCAAAAUGUGGUGCUAUGGGACAUAAUAAGAGGAGCUGUAAAGGAAAAAGGGCAGCUGACAGAGCAAUUCCAAAAGGUGGUAAUAAGUCAAAGAAGACUAAGAAAGUGAAAGGUGGAAAGUGA